AUGUCGUCUUAUGGCUCGGUAUUGCCCACCGCGGCACGCGGAAUCCUCUCAUCAUGCCGACCAUCCAUCAGAGAGGCCUCAAUUGCUCCUGCCUUUUCGACUCUCCAGCAGGUCCGAGGUCUCAAGGUCAAGACCAACCGCAAGGGGAAAGCCGCCCAACCUACGAAGAGUCGCAGAGGUCCCCAGGAGUUCAGACAGUAUAACCUGAAGGAUAUGCCACAAUGGGCUCUGUGUGAUGCCAUGCGAAUCAUCCGAGCCACCGAAGUCGGUCGCGAGAUCACACUCCAAAAAUACGAGCUGCACGUUCGCCUGCGCACAAAGCGAGACGGUCCCGUCAUCCGUAACAUGAUCCGAUUCCCGCACGCCGUCCAAACCGAAUCCCGAAUCUGUGUCAUCUGUCCCCCCGACUCGAAGGCGGCGAAGGAAGCGCUCGCCGCAGGUGCUGUACUGGUCGGUGAAGAUGAGGUCUUCGAAGCUGUCAAGGCCGGCCACAUCAAUUUCGAUCGGUGUCUCGCUCACCCGGACAGUAUGCCGGCUCUCAACAAGGUUGGGCUGGGUCGUAUCCUCGGUCCUCGUGGCUUGAUGCCCAGUGCGAAGACUGGUACCGUCGUGGAAGAUGUUGCUGCGCGUGUGGAAAUGCUCCGUGGAGGUACUGUGUACCGUGAGCGUGACGCUGUUAUCCGUUUGCCCAUUGGGCAGUUGGGUUUCUCCCCGGAGCAAUUGCGCGAUAAUUUGCGCGUGACUCUCGAUCAAAUCAAGAAGGAUGCCUCUGCGCUGACCGACCGUGUCAACAAGGAGAUCUACGAAGUGGUACUGAGCUCGACUAACGGACCCGGAUUCUCACUCAACGGCGAGUUCCGCACCGAUGAUUCCCCCGCAACCUCUGCCUUGACCGGCGUGUAA